AUGCCCCACACAUCCCGCACAAAACGUCCAACCAUCCAAAAACGCACCCAAGUCACCGACGACGACGGCUGGACCCAUGUCGCAAGUAGCGGCAGCGUGCGCCGCGUCAUGCGCAGUCGGCCGCGGGGCACAGCUGCCAUUAUAAAAGAUUCAGAGAUAUCUUCAGACUAUUCUUCUUCAAACCAGUCUGAACCUGUACUAGUCCCAGCCGAAGCCCCCGGUCGACUCACCCUACCGGAGCUGCAGACACAGUUCGAGACGCAUCGGCGGAGAUGGGAGAGUUCAGAGAGUUGGAGUAGACUGGCGGGGGUUUUGGACGAAAGGCUGAAGUGCAGGAAACUGGAACAGCAAGCUUCCUCUUCUUCUUCCGAGGCUGUCUGUCCCAUCGACGCCAUUAUCUGCAUUGGACUCGGCAGCCCGAGUGGAUUCCUGCGCGAUGGAUGGGUUGAUCGGCGGGCUGUGUCGCUGUAUCAGCUUGCCGCGCUGGCGAGUAUCAAAGAUCGAGUUGCUUCAACUACAAACCAAACCAUAAAGGUCUACGCCCAAGACCCUGUCUUCAAUGCGCUGGACGAAUCCCUCCUAGCAGCACUGAACAUGGAUGUCCUCCAACACCCAGCAGCCUUCACCCACAUAACGUCCAGCACAAUGCUCUUCUGUCCCGGUGCAGAACGCAAACACCUCGAACUACUGCUUCCGUCCAAGCCGUGGCUUUUAUUCGGUGGCCCGCUUGAGCAUGCAGAUGCUGGCGGAGUUUUGCUGGAGUAUGUUGAUUGCGCUGGGUCGUUUUGCUUGCCUGUUUUUGAGGCGCUUGAGCAUGCUUUCUGGAGGAUGAGGCUUUAUUGGAUUGAGAGUGAGAGAUGA